AUGACUAGAAAGAAAGUUAACCUUACUUACAUUCUCAAUAAUAGUGCAAGAAGAAACACAUACAAGAAAAGAAAUCUUAGUGUUGUGAAGCAACUAGAUGAAAUCACCACUCUGUGCGACAUUGAAGCGUGUACCGUCAUCUAUAGUGACUUUGAUCCCCAACCUGUUGUUUGGCCAUCUAUGGAUGAAGUACGGAGACUCAUUACAAAGUACCAGAGUUUUCCGAAGGCUGAUCAAGGAAAACGAAAGGUUAACCAAGAGAUCUUUACGAGGCAGAGGCUCCAAAAGAUACAAGAAAAACUAAGAAGACAGGAAAGAGAGAACCGUCAUAGUGAGAUGACUCAUACCAUGUUUCAAUCAAUGAUGAAUCCACAACAUGCUAUGUCAGGCCUGAAUACCGAAGAAGAUUUCAAGGAGUUGGCUACAGUUAUCAGUCAGAACUUGAUGGAGGUUAACAGGAUGAUGGACUCCUCCUCUUUCAACCCUCCUCCUCCUCCUCCUCCUCCCCAAUUUGAUUUUGAAGGGAGUGGAGUUGGUGGUAGCCAACAACUUGCUUGGAGCCAAGAUUAA